UAAAUUUGAGAACCAAACUGUUGCCUUUUUACUUUUACGAGGAACGCCCCCAAAUUCCUCUGCAUUCUCUCUUCUCUUCCAGCCAACCAAAAGAAGCAAACAAGCCCACACUUCAGGGUUGGCUUGUCCGAGUUAUCUCUUACUUGCUCUCUUUACCUGAACGAAAACGAAAGCUCCAUAAAAGCAGAGAGAAGAUUAAGGCACUGUUUUUCAAGUUUUUUCAACCUUCGUCAGUUACUCACCAUCUCUUGUCUGAUUCUUAUUUUCAGACGGUGAUCGGACGGCGGAGCAAUGCGGACCAACGGUGGCAAGAUUUCCAAGCCCUCGUGGCCGAAAGUAGUGGCGAGGAAAUGGCUCAACAUACCGAGUGGCGGGGACGAGUUUCAUUCCGAUUACUCGCUCAAAAUGUCAGACGAGACUGGCAGGAGGAGGAGCUGCUCGGACCAAGACCGCUACGUCGUCGUACCGGACGACUUUUCAGAUGGUUGUACAUUGAUGGAGGAAACAACAAGUUUAGGGGUGGAGGUACCAGCUGUCACUGAUAAUCUCAACCUCAGAAUGUUCGUGGGGACUUGGAAUGUUGGAGGGAAAUCACCUCACGAGGACUUGAACUUGAGAGAAUGGCUGGGGUCCCCAACUCCGGCAGAUAUCUAUGUUCUCGGGUUCCAGGAAAUUGUCCCUCUGAACGCCGGAAACGUAUUGGGCGCGGAGGACAAGAGUCCAGCUGCCAAGUGGCUUUCCCUGAUUCGCGAGGCAUUGAACAAGAAUGACCCUGGACUUUCUCAAUAUUACAACAAUGCCACCCAUACGGAACAUCCUUCACAUUUUGACCGGCAGGCCAUCAUGAAGCCUAGGAUCAGCUUCUCCGACUUGCUCUGUUUAGAAGAUGAACUUAGCAAUGCGGAUUUCGAAGGACUGCUGAAUUUGAAUCCGGCGUCCACUUCAAGUGGAGAAAACUCACCGAGCUCGCCAUUGAUGUGUUCAUGGCCAGGCAGCAGUCCGAUGCAACAACGUCGUUACUGCCUAGCAGCAAGCAAGCAGAUGGUUGGAAUUUUCUUGUGCGUGUGGGUUCGUGCAGACCUUUGUAGGCACAUUAACAACAUGAAGGUCUCGUGCGUUGGUAGAGGCAUAAUGGGAUAUCUUGGAAAUAAGGGUUCAAUAUCAAUCAGCAUGACAUUGCAUGGAACAACCUUUUGCUUUGUGUGUGCCCACUUAACCUCUGGUGAGAAAGAAGGGGAUGAGAUGAGAAGGAACUCAGAUGUCAUGGAAAUAUUGAAGAAAACAAGGUUUUCACAUUCAUAUAGAACCUCACAACAACCACUUCCUCCUGAUAGAAUUUUGGAUCAUGACAAGGUUAUUUGGCUAGGGGAUUUAAAUUAUCGGCUAGCAGCUGCUUGCUCCGGUAACACACAUGAGCUACUGAAGAAGCAUGAUUGGCAGGCACUUCUAGAGAAGGAUCAGCUAAGGAUAGAGCAACAAGCUGGUCGAGUAUUUAAAGGGUGGGAGGAAGGGAGGAUAUGUUUUGCUCCAACCUAUAAAUACCUUGCUAAUUCUGAUCAUUAUGUUGUCCAAACUUCUAAAUCUAGAGAGAAGAGACGCACUCCUGCCUGGUGUGAUAGGAUUUUAUGGAAGGGGGAAGGGCUUAAACAAAUGUGUUAUGUGAGAGGGGAAUCAAAGUUUUCAGACCACAGACCAGUCUAUUCAUUGUUUUCAGUCCAAUUAGACUUGUUGGCUAACAAGAAAAAGCCCAACUCUGCUGUGACCACAACAGCAGCUUCCACAGCCAAAGCCAAGUCUUGCAUGCUUAAGUCUUCAGCAACAUGCGUGGCCAAAGUCCAAGCAGAAGAGCUUCUGCUGCUCACCAGAGCCAAAAGCUGCCUAGACACCACCUCAAGGUUCUGAGCUUGUACUUCCAAACACAGCCCACAUUUUUUAAGACAAAAAGCAGAACCAGCCAGUGUAAAAAUCACAGAUUACCUGACAAAAGCAGAAGUUGUUUGCAUCCCUAUGAUCUGGCUUUUUGACAGUUCGGGACUGCAAAAUUUAAUCUCAAAGCAUGCUUAGAUUUGGAUGAUGAAAUUGAGUUGGUGAGCUGGUGGAGCAGAGGAGUGAAGCACAAGCAUAAGUAUAGGAUUGGGAAAAAUUAGGCAUGUAGAAAGAAAUGGCUGCAUCUCUGUGUAUUAGAUGCUUUUUUGAAGCCAGCUUUUGGUACAAGUUGAUGAUUUUGGGUACUGGUUAACAACAGUAAGUGGUGGUUCAGCUUUUAAGCAGAGGAAUUUCUCUUUCUUUGAAAUUUAAGAGGGAAGUGGAGACAGAGAUUGAUAGAGAGUUGAAAUGUAUAUCAAAAGGAGGACAAGUUUUGAUUGAAA